AUGGCGUCCCCAGUGUCCUCGGCGCCCGGCGGGGUGGCGGUGGUCGGCAGCGGGCUAAUCGGGCGGAGCUGGGCCAUGCUGUUCGCCAGCGCGGGCUUCAGGGUCAAACUGUUCGACAUCGAGCCUCGGCAGGUGACCGAUGCGCUGGUCAGCCUCAGGAAGGAGAUGAAGAUGCUGGAGAUGUCGGGGUACCUGAAAGGCGAGCUGGGCGCUGAGGAGCAGCUGUCACUCAUCAGCGGCUGCUCUGACCUGCGGGAGGCAGUAGAGGGCGCCCUGCAUGUGCAGGAAUGUGUCCCGGAGAACCUGGAGAUGAAACGGAAGCUGUUCGCUCAGCUGGACAAAAUCACCGAUGACCAUGUCGUCUUGAGCAGCUCCAGCUCAUGCCUGCUGCCCUCCAAGCUGUUCGCUGGCUUGGCACACGUGAAGCAGUGCCUGGUGGCCCACCCCGUCAACCCACCGUAUUACGUGCCACUGGUGGAGCUGGUUCCACACCCAGAGACGGCCCCCGCCACCGUGGACAGGACCUAUGCCCUGAUGCGGAGGGUCGGACAGUCCCCGGUCAGGCUCCUGAGGGAGGUUGACGGCUUCGCCCUGAACCGCCUCCAGUAUGCGGUCAUCGCUGAGGCCUGGCGGCUUGUGGAGGUGUGUGGCUGGCGUUGCUGCCAGGAGCUGAGGCCGUGUUGGCACCAGGGGCAGGGAGCCCAGGCCGCUGGGGGCAUCGGCUGUUGGCAGAGGACGCGCCAGGACAUCCCGGGGGUGCCGGGGGUCGAGCAGGUUGUCACCACGCGUUCCUGGGCCUUCCCAAAGGAACGCAUGGGGCCCCUGGAGACCAUGCACCUCAACGCGGAAGGUAUGUUAAGCUACUGUGACAGGUACAGCGAAGGCAUGAAGCGUGUCCUGAAGACUUUUGGACCCAUUCCUGAAUUCUCUGGGGCCACAGCUGAGAAGGUGCACCAGGCCAUGUGCGUUAAGGUUCCGGAUGAUGCAGAGCACUUGGCUGCCAGAAGGGCGUGGCGGGACGGAUGCCUCAUGAGACUCGCCCAGCUGAAGCACCAGCUACCCCAGUGAUGCUGCGGUGACCACUGCCGCCCCCAGUGGGGACCACCAGCCCCCAGUCCCACAGCUUUGAGACACCGGGGUUGGGGAGGGGGGCUGCGGGAGCCCGACCGGGGGGAACCCUGCUUGCUGUCCUCACCCUGGCAGGUGCCUGGGGAGGGCAUGCCCCAGGCAGGGGUUAGUCACAGCCAUUGGGGUCUGUGGGCCAUGGAUCCCCCCCAACUCCCAGCAGAUGAGAGAGCAAAUCGUCCAAAGAUUUGACUGCUUACUUUCAUGUGAUUCCACCUGUUUACAUAUCAUGAUCAGUGGUUGUAGUUUCAAGUCAUUUUAAUCUGCUGCGAAAUGUUUUUGUAAUUAUUUUCUGAUCUCUUGCUGAGGACCCUGUGGUCCUAUACAUUUGAGGAGUUCCCUUCAUUUUUCUGAUCCUUAUUCCAAAUAAAAGUGUUUGAUUGCAUAAAGACA